AUGGAUAUUCAAACAUUUAACAAGGAACUGUCGCUGACGAGCAAACGAGAGUGUGAGUUCAGCGCUCUGCAAAUUUUAUCAUCCAUCAGACCACAAUGGCCGAAAGAUUGUAUUGAAUUCGAGUACUUUUCCGUUGGUAUAACCAACAAAAUUUUUGCCGCCAAAUGCGAUGAGGAAGCGGUGAUUUUUCGUGUUUUUGGAAAAAACACUGAUAAGAUUAUUAACAGGAACAAUGAGGUAAUUGCAUGGAAGAAAUUGGCGAUUCAUUCAUUAGCGGCGCCAAUUUAUGCGCAAUUUAAGAAUGGCCUCGUGUGCGGCUUCAUUGAAGGAAAAAGCUUGGAGAUGGAAAUGAUGAAAGCGCCGGAAACGAGACGGCGAAUUGCACGGUCAAUUGCACACUUGCACAAAAUGGUACCGCGCGAGAAUAAGCCAAUCUGUUUCAAGAAGAUGCGCGAGUUCUUUUCCGCAUUUUCGUCGGAUUUCGAUGAUGAAAGAAAGCAGAAGUUUUACAAUUGUCAUUUCCCAGCAAACCUUGAACCGGAAAUUCGGAAUCUCGAAAUGAAAAUUACCGAAAUGAACGAGGAAAUCGCGUUUUGUCACAAUGAUCUACUUGUUCAUAAUAUCGUGUACAACCCGGAAAACAAUACAAUCAAUUUUAUUGACUAUGAAUAUGCAGCGACGAAUUACGUCCUUUUCGAAAUUGGCAAUCAUUUUUGUGAGUAUGCAGGUGUUGAAGACACACCGGAUUACACUCAAUGUUUGUCAAAUGUUGAGAAAAUGGCGUUUCUUCAUGAUUAUUUGGAGAAUCGUGACUCGCGAGUCGACAUGAGUCGCCUAAAUGUGAUGAUGGCAAGAAUUCCAAUUUUCGAAGCGGCCGCUCAUUUAUUCUGGACAAUUUGGGCUCUCGUGCAGUCGCAAAACUCGACAAUCGAUUUCGAUUAUUUGGCGUAUGCCUACGCACGCUAUGAACAGUAUAAAAAACGAUACAACAAAUAUAACUUGUGCCAUAAAUUCUAA